AUGACAAUAUCUACUUUCGAUCACGUGUCUGCGGGGCGACUUAGACGGAUUGCGCGUCAUCUCGCCUUCCCAAAUUUCCCCCUUCUGCUGCAGCUCGUAUCCAAAACAUCUAUCUAUAGUACGGAGUACGAGAGAGAGAGAAAGAUGUUUAACUCUGUGAAUCUGGGCAACUUCUGCUCCCAGACGCGCAAAGACCGGACAUCCGAGUUUGGGGACAGGACGGGCUGCGCGUCCAACAUCUACCUCCCCAGCUGCACCUACUACGUCCCCGAGUUUUCUGCCGUCUCCUCGUUUCUUCCACAGGCCCCGUCCCGGCAGAUCAGCUACCCUUAUUCCACAAACCUGUCUCAAGUGCAGCCGGUACGGGAAGUUUCGUACGGCUUGGACGCUGCCAGCAAAUGGCACCACAGAAGCAACUAUGCAUCGUGCUACUCGGGAGAGGAUCUGGUGCAUAGGGACUGUCUUCCACCAUCCACCAUGACAGAAAUGCUUAUGAAGAACGAGAGCGUGUACAGCCACCACCAUCACCAUCACACCCACCCGGGCUCCAAUCACCCCUCCACAGGUUUUUACUCCGGCGUGGGGAAAAACAGCGUCCUCCCGCAAGGUUUCGACCGCUUUUUCGAGACCGCGUACUGCAGCAGCACGGACAAUCAGUCAGACAAUUGUUUACAAAAGGGCGAGGGGGGAAAGCUGGACGGCGACUCUGAGCAGGAGCAGCCGCCGCCACCCGCAGCCUCGGUACCCGGAGCUCCGGAGCAGGAAAAAGAUCCGGACGAUGAGGAGGAACAUACAAAUUCGGGCUCAUGCACGUCUUCUUCCGCGACAACCAAGGACGGCACCGCCAGCAAGAGCAGCCACUCGAGCACUCCGCGCACAAGGAAGAAGAGGUGUCCAUACUCCAAGUUUCAGAUUCGAGAGCUGGAGCGGGAGUUCUUCUUCAACGUUUACAUCAACAAAGAGAAAAGGCUUCAGCUGUCCCGAAUGCUGAACCUCACCGACCGCCAGGUUAAAAUUUGGUUUCAGAAUAGAAGAAUGAAAGAGAAGAAGCUGAGCAGGGAUCGCCUGCAGUACUUCUCUGGAAACCCCCUCUUGUGA